CGAGCGCCGGCCGACGUACGUGUAUUGUAUGGAAAUAAAUAAUUGGCCCCCGUAUUCUUCUUUUGACGAGCUCUCCGGCGGGUCCAUUAUGUCCGUUUGAGCGUGAGCGGCGGCAUUCGGACGCCAGUGGCGACGUCCUCGGUCGCCUGCGUCGCGCUCUACACGAAACUACUCCAAUAUGAAUACCUCCGAUCGAGUUUCAGAGGGCUACUUACGCAACUGCACGCCGCCGGCCAUCGAUGACUUCCCGGCAGGCCUGUUCACGGAGUUGCAGAGGCAGCAUGGAGCCAUCGUCCUCCACGCCUUCAUCUCCAUCUACCUGUUCCUGGCGCUGGCAGUCGUCUGCGACAAGUUCUUCGUGCCAGCCGUUGAAAGAAUAUGUCAUGCAUUGAACAUGACGAACGAUGUGGCUGGAGCCACAUUCAUGGCGGCGGCGACAUCAGCUCCCGAGCUGUUCGUCAACGUCAUCGGCACCUUUAUCACUGAGGGUGACAUCGGAGUCGGUACCAUCGUCGGCUCAGCAGUCUUCAACAUCCUCGCUGUGGCUGCGUGCUGCGGUAUCGGCGCAGGAAUGGUUGUUCCCUUAGACUGGUGGCCACUAACCAGGGAUUGUCUAGCCUACGGCAUCACAGUAUCUAUACUGAUUUGCAUAAUGCACGACGAGUACGUGCAGUGGUACGAAGCUUUCCUCCUCGUCAUGCUGUACGGAGUCUACAUCUGCAUCAUGUACUAUGACAAAUCCAUUCAAAACUUCGCUAAAAAAAUGUGUUGUUACACAGGUAGCUGGAACUGUGUAUCUGACAUGUUGAAGAAAAACGAGAAACAUGAAAACUCUAUUGCUGCAGAUAAUGAACUUAAAGAUGCUAAACAAUCUUCACCUGUAAACAAAAAUGAUUUGUCUUUGGAUCACCAUCAACACAAUGGGAAUAUAAAAAGUGCGUUAUCUCUUUGCCCAGAUAAAAAUGAAAAACAUUGUGAGAUUGACACAGCAAAUUCUGUGACCUUAGCUACCGCAGACGGCGACAAAGCUAAGGCUAUCUGUAUUGAUAUUGAAAAUAAGGCGAAUGACGUGGAAAUUGUACACCAUGAAGACAGUAUAGCUGUAGCGAAUGUGGACGACGCUAACAAAGAAGUAGAAGAUAAAUAUGUGCACUCGCUGUGGAAAUGGCCCUCUGGCAGAAGCUGGCUAACUAAGGCAACUUGGAUAGUGACAUGGCCCAUUCACCUGGUCUUUUUGUUCACCAUACCAGACUGUGAGAAGCCUCGGUUCAAGAACUGGUUCCCUCUUACGUUUAUGAUGUGCAUUGUAUGGAUAGGAUCUUUGUCUUACAUUGUAGCUUGGAUGAUCACUAUUAUCGGGGACACAUUGAUGAUACCGGAUUCUGUGAUGGGCAUAACUUUCCUUGCUGCUGGAACUUCUGUACCUGAAGCCGUUUCCAGUGUUAUAGUAGCCAAACAAGGUCAUGGAUCCAUGGGUAUCAGCAAUUCGAUUGGCUCAAACACGUUUGACAUUCUGCUAUGCCUCGGGUUGCCGUGGCUGAUCAAAGCGUCUCUCACUCCUGCCGAGCCGGGUCACUACUGGGUGAAGAUCAAUUCCAUGGGCUUGGAGUACUCGGCCAUUUCGUUGCUGUCGACGCUGCUGCUGCUCUACUUGACGUUUUGGUUCAAUAAGUUCAAGCUGGACGCGGCGGUGGGGCGCGCCUGUCUCGCCAUGUAUGCCAUGUUCCUGGUCCUGGCCACGCUUAUCGAACUUAACGUCUUCUUCCCCGUCAACGUACGCACGUGCAAGAGAAGUGAGCUAAAGUCUUAAGCUAGCUAAGUGUUCUGGACAUAAUAAUGUAAGACGAAGUGUAAAAAUGGUAGUCGUGAUGCCUCUCGCAACGGUUUCAUACUCAUGUGAGCUGAAACUUACGUGUACUUUAUAAGCAUUCGGUUACAUUUUUGUUAGCAAAUAUUUCUGAUCAUCUAUUUAGUUACAUUCUCUUUCAAUAGACCAAAGAGUAAGUUUCAUAUUCAUUAGUUGAGUUUUUUAUUUUAAUUUUAUUUAUGUGAUUUAGAAGAUACGAGAAUACGCAUGUGUGUGCGAGAUGUUAUAUUUUUCAUACAUUGUAGUUUCCGCUGCCAUUUUAUGUAGAUUAAAUAAAUGUUAGUAUUGAAGUAUACCUCAAUCAUGUGUCGAGAGUGUUACCAUCCACUUGGGAAGGUGCUGCAGUUCAAACAGUAUUAUUAUAAACAGUAGUGUGUGAUAUGUCACUCAUUUGAUGGGACCAGCAGGACAUACAGGAACAUACUUACCUUAACUUUUGUAUAUCGUCGGCAUUCAGCUUUCAAACAUUUACAAUUUAAAACAUCACUUGUAUUUUGGAUAUGAAAUAUAGUUUUGUUUUCAAAACUUUAUAUUUUUAUACAUUUUGUAUGAGGUGUUCCUCUUCUUUAAGGUCGGCUAAGGUUCCUCGAGUGUUUGGUACAAGGCACUAUCAACAACCAACGUUCUCUCUUUGUCAGUAAUCUCGAUACAGAUAAGUUGAUGUAAAUACAUAUUAUACGAUGUAAUGUAACUGUCUUAAACUAAUUAAAUAUAUCUAUAGCUA